AGCCAGCGAGGUCGGUUCCGCCCGACUCUAACAUGGCGGCGCCCUUUGUCUGCUCUGAAGUGCCGUCCCCGGCCUUCUCGCGGCCGUGAUGCACCUCCCUCUACGGUGGGGUCCGGGACAUGGCAGCCAUGGAUUUUCCCCAGCACAGUCGGCACGUCCUGGAGCAGCUGAACCAGCAGCGGCAGCUGGGACUGUUGUGUGACUGCACGUUUGUGGUGGACGGGGUUGACUUCAAAGCCCAUAAAGCAGUUCUGGCGGCCUGCAGCGAGUACUUCAGGAUGCUCUUCGUGGACCAGAAGGAUGUGGUGCACCUGGACAUCAGUAAUGCGGCAGGCCUGGGGCAGGUGCUGGAGUUCAUGUACACGGCCAAGCUGAGCCUGAGCUCUGAGAACGUGGAUGAUGUGUUGGCCGUGGCCAGCUUCCUGCAGAUGCAGGACAUCAUCACGGCCUGCCAUGCCCUCAAGUCACUGGCUGAGCCGGCCGCCAGCCCUGGGGAGAAUAUGGUGGCCUCAGCCACGGAAGGAGGAGACAAGAGAGCCAAAGAGGAGAAGGCGGCUGCCCCCACGCUGGGUGAGCUGGACCCCGCCGGCAGUGGUCCGCCCACAGGCCCGGGCAGGGAGCCCAAAGAGGAACGGGGUGGCCAAGCCGAGAGCAGGGCCAGUGGGGCCGAGCAGACGGAGAAGGCUGACGCCCCCAGGGAGCCGCCCCCCGUGGAGCCCAAGCCCGACCCCACGAGCAGCAUGGCCGCUGCCGAGGCCGAGGCCGCCUUGUCAGAGAGCUCGGAGCAAGAAAUGGAGCUGGAGCCAGCCAGGAAAGGAGAGGAGCGGGAGGCGGAGGGCGCGGCCGAGGUCAAGGAAGAGGGGCCGCCGCUGGAGAAGGGGGAGGCCCCCGAGGAGAGCGAGGAGUCAGCCAGCACGGACUCGGGCCACGAGCUGGGCGCCGAGGCCCGGGGCCUGCGCUCGGGCACCUACGGCGACCGCACGGAGUCCAAGGCGUACGGCUCGGUCAUCCACAAGUGCGAGGACUGCGGGAAGGAGUUCACGCACACCGGCAACUUCAAGCGGCACAUCCGCAUCCACACGGGCGAGAAACCCUUCUCGUGCCGCGAGUGCAGCAAGGCCUUCUCGGACCCGGCUGCGUGCAAGGCCCACGAGAAGACCCACAGCCCGCUGAAGCCGUACGGCUGCGAGGAGUGCGGCAAGAGCUACCGGCUCAUCAGCCUGCUGAACCUGCACAAGAAGCGGCACUCGGGCGAGGCGCGCUACCGCUGCGAGGACUGCGGGAAGCUCUUCACCACGUCGGGCAACCUGAAGCGCCACCAGCUGGUGCACAGCGGCGAGAAGCCCUACCAGUGCGACUACUGCGGCCGCUCCUUCUCCGACCCCACGUCCAAGAUGCGCCACCUGGAGACCCAUGACACCGACAAGGAGCACAAGUGCCCCCACUGCGACAAGAAGUUCAACCAGGUGGGGAAUUUGAAGGCCCACCUGAAGAUCCACAUCGCUGACGGGCCGCUCAAGUGCCGAGAGUGCGGCAAGCAGUUCACCACCUCAGGGAACCUCAAGCGGCACCUCCGGAUCCACAGCGGGGAGAAGCCGUACGUGUGCGUCCACUGCCAGCGGCAGUUCGCGGACCCCGGCGCCCUGCAGCGGCACGUGCGCAUCCACACUGGCGAGAAGCCGUGCCAGUGCGUGAUGUGCGGCAAGGCCUUCACCCAGGCCAGCUCCCUGAUCGCGCACGUGCGCCAGCACACUGGGGAGAAGCCCUACGUUUGCGAGCGCUGUGGCAAGAGAUUCGUCCAGUCCAGCCAGUUGGCCAAUCAUAUUCGCCACCACGACAACAUUCGCCCUCACAAGUGCAGUGUGUGCAGCAAGGCCUUCGUGAACGUGGGGGACCUGUCCAAGCACAUCAUCAUCCACACCGGAGAGAAGCCUUACCUGUGUGACAAGUGCGGUCGUGGCUUCAACCGGGUGGACAACCUGCGUUCCCACGUGAAGACCGUGCACCAGGGCAAGGCGGGCAUCAAAAUCCUGGAGCCCGAGGAGGGGGGUGAGGUCAGCGUGGUCACCGUGGAUGACAUGGUCACGCUGGCCACCGAGGCACUGGCGGCAACGGCCGUCACUCAGCUCACAGUGGUACCAGUGGGGGCCGCGGUGACCGCCGAUGAGACGGAAGUACUUAAGGCCGAGAUCAGCAAAGCCGUGAAGCAAGUACAGGAGGAAGACCCCAACACCCACAUCCUCUACGCGUGUGACUCCUGUGGGGACAAGUUCCUGGACGCGAACAGCCUUGCGCAGCACGUGCGGAUCCACACGGCCCAGGCGCUGGUCAUGUUCCAGACGGACGCGGACUUCUACCAGCAGUACGGGCCAGGCAGCGCGUGGCCGGCCGGGCAGGUGCUGCAGGCUGGGGAGCUGGUCUUCCGCCCUCGGGACGGGGCCGAUGGCCAGCCCGCUCUGGCAGAGACUCCCCCCACAGCCCCUGAAUGCCCACCGCCUGCAGAGUGAGCAGGCGGCCCUCCUUGUGACUGUUUAUUUAAGGAUGGCUGGCACCCUAGAUCUGAGAGGGGUGGCCCCGUUCCCUAGAGAGAAUAAAUUUGAUUAUUUUCUAACGCUGCCUAUAGCUCCCUGUGGGGGGUGGGGCGGGGAGCUGGCAGAGCUGUGGCCGAAGCCACGGAAGGGCUGCCCCUCCCAGGCACCAGCCGGCACCGAGCUGUUCCUUGGCAAAGCCGCCAGGCUGUCCCUCCCGCAGAGUGGGACGGGUACCUCUGGACCGGUCUAAGGAAAAAAAAAAAAAAAAAAAAAAAAGGCUGGCUUCCUUGUCCGGAGUCGGGGUGUGGGCGGCACGCUUGGGGCCAGAGAGACCGUGGCUCCGUGCACCCCAUCCCCUCAUCCAGUCUCCUCCUUGGGCUUCUCACCUGUUUAGCUUCAGGACCUGAGCUCCCCUCUCCGCCAUGGAGCACAGCUGUGACGCUGCUCCCCCCUCUGCCCAUUGGGUUGGCUUACCAGGAUCCAGGCAACCCAGAGAGAGCCCAGCUCAGAAGCCCAUUCAGCCAGAGCGGCAAGCAGGGAGAGCUGAUGCCGUCCCUGCCCCUCUACAGUUUGCUCCGAGCAGUUGUAAUCCCUCCCUCAGAGAUGGCGCCACCUCCUCACUACGAGAGCCCCGUGAUUCUCUCGAGACCAUCAACUCUGUGGGCCUGUCCCCACCCCACCCCCCCGCCCCCCACCUCCCCAACUUGUAGUGGGUCCAGCUGCAGGGGAAGCCGGGCCCAGUUGCCCCACCCUCCUCGCUGGCACCGGGGCAGACCCGAAGGAGGAAGGGGCAAAAGACGAGACACCAAAGUUUGCCUGCGAGGUUUCAGUUUGCCUGGUGGGUGGUUCCCCCCGCCCCUUCCUCCCCCCGCCCCCCCCCAUCCGACUUUGAAGUGCCUUCCACGUUACCCGAGAACAAAUAAGUUCAGUCUGUGGCAGAAACCUCUUUUGUACAAGAUAACGUGAUGCUUGGGGAGGAUUAAGUGGCAGGAAGGGAGCAGGUCCCAUGGACAGACUUGGGGAGGGAAACAAGCGGGAUGAGGGCCAGCUGUUCCCAUAAGCAAAGGACCCUUGGUCCUCCCAAGUGACAAUCACAUCCACACUUGACGUGUUUUGUAUUUUUUAAUAAAGUUUGUAAUCCAAUGGACACACAAAACAAAA